GUUAAUAUUUGUCGGCGCAGGGUUCUGCUUUUUAUCGUCAUCAAUUUUGCAUUACUUUUCUACGUCGUUAAAUGGUGGGAAAUAAAAUAACAAAAACCAUUAAUAACUAGAAAUAUGCAAUUUCAAUAAAAACUACAUUAAAGAAAAUAAAUUAAAAAUUUAAAGUUUAGAAAACAAGAAAAAAAUAUACACCAACGAGCCAAGAAAAUGUAAUAAAUAAAAUUGUUUAUCUAUUGAAAAAGAUGAAAAAGUCAAUAAAAUAAAAACAAUUGAAGAGCACACCUAUAGCUGAACUCUUCACUCUAAUGUGGUGAACCAGUAGAGAGAGAAUGAAAUAAAUAGUGAGUGCGGGAGUACAGAAAAACUGGAAGAAGAAAAAAAUUUCUUUAGUCGCGUCCACUAACAAAUCAACGUUAAGAAAGUCAAAAAGCAAAAAAUAUCCUUACAAAAUAUAAGAAAAAUUUCAAAAAAAAGAAAUAGUGCACAAAUAAUUUUUUUAUUAAUAAAUAGAAGAUAAAUUAUCAUAAUGUAAUUGUUGUUGUAAAAAAUGCAUAAAACAAGUAUUAAAUAGGAAAAUAACUGUACUUGUAGUGUAAAGACAAGAAUUAAAGAAAAAAAAAUAAUAAAAAUAGACCAAAAAACCGCUAAACGUAAUAAUAAGAAACGAAACAACAACAAUACGUAGAGAAAAUUACAACAACUAAUAAUAAACUUCAUUCUUCUGUUGAUGGACGAAAGGAUUUAAAGUUUCUAUACGAAUUUCUAAACAGUGUUUGCUUUUUCCAUUUAAUCCAUGGAUUCGAAUGAUAAUUCCACGGAUAAGGAAGAUUAUUGUGGCGCAAGAAUGGAUUUGAAUAUUGACAACUAUCGGCCAACUAGUGAUAAUACCCCAAAAGCAGCAAGUAGUUAUGAACAUGGCUCUAUUAAGAAAUUAUUAGUUAAUCAAGUGCCUGCAGAGAAUGAGGAGGAUGAUGACGAAGAAGAUGAACAUACAGGUGACGAUGAUGAUGAUGAUGACGAAAACGAUUCUUUGGAACAAGAAGAGCUUGAUAUUGAAAUGAAAUUGUUAAAUGAAACGGAAAACAAUAAGAAUGCAGGCAUUCUUCAAGGGGAUACAAAAAAUCAUGCCAACCUUAAGUCCGCCGAUCCAGAUGAUACCCUUAAUACAGCCAAGGAUAAAGCAACACAUUCUAGUAACGAAUUACCCUCCUCAAUACAAUCACCUCCCAGUUUAACCUGUGAAAAUGAUGAUAAAACACAAUCAUCGUGUUUAACUUCUCCUCAUGCUUCCACACCCGGCUCCACACCUCCCUCAGCGACAGUUGUUGGCCCAACUAUGGGCCAAGAGCAUUCACCAGCGAAUUCAUCUGUUAAUACACCGCCCACAGAUACCAGUACGCCUAAACAUUCUCCCGAAUCUGUACCCCAAAGUCCAACUACUUUGGCUAAUAAUUGUAUACAACAGCCCAUCAAUGUAGUGCGCAACGGCACAAUACCAAAUGCUGGCAAACCGUUGCUAUCGACCAUGAGUAGAAAAUUGGAAAGAUCAGUAAAAACAACACGUACACGAAAACCAAAGUCAUCGGUGGCCAUGUAUGAAAGUGAGAUAAGCGAAAAUCAAAGCGGCAUUAAGUUGUGCAUAAAGAAGUCAGACAGUUCACUGAAUACCUCAGCCGUAAUGGCUGCCGUAGCCAGAGGUCUUAAUAAAUCGGGCACAUCAUCGGUGAGAAGUCGUAAAAGUUCAAGAACUGUUAAGCAGCGUGUUAAACUGGAUGAUCAUGAAAACGAUGAAAUGGACUAUGAACCUAAACGUAAAAAGGAACGUAAUACAAAAAGACAAACACCCUCAGCCACGGCCGUAACAAUAAAUGACACCGAUGAACCGAGAGAAGCAAUAGAACAGACCAUAUGGGGAUCACAAUUACCAGAACCAGUACUUUUUAAGAUUUUUCAAUAUGUUGUGGAUAAAGAAGGUUGCCUUCCAACAUUAUUCCGUUUGGGUAGAGUAUGCUCACUGUGGCGUCGCGUUUCAUUGUCCCCGACCUUAUGGCGUGUCAUGGAUUUAAGUACUUGGAUAAAGGAAAAAUAUCGCACGGAGUUAAAGUUAAAAUGGUUUGUCGAUAAUCGUUGUAGCUGCUGUACAGAAUUAAAUGUUUCACAAUGGAAAGUCACCGAUAUCAAUUGUUUUUUGUUAAAACUUGCUGUGGGUGCUCCAAAUUUAACCAGCAUCACUUUGUCCGGUUGGAAAGGUUUCACUUAUGAUCAUUUAGGUUAUCUAGUUGAAAAUAUGAAAAAACUCGAACGUAUAGAUUUAAGUUCCGUAAAUGUUGAAAUGAAUGCUAGUAAAAGUGCUGUAGGAGUACAAUCACUGUGCAAUUCAAUGCAAGUAAUGGGCGAACGUUUAACGCAUCUCUAUUUGGCGCACAAUCGUUUAGCUGGCAUACCACAAUUAGUCAAUGUUUUAUCGACUCAUUGCCCAAAUUUAGUACUUUUAGACUUAUCAAAUGUUACAACUCAAGCCACUUCUCAUGGUAUUUUACAUAUAGAAAAAUUACAGCAAGGCUGUCCAAAACUAAAAGUUUUGCGUAUUACAAAUUCUCAUAUAACCUUAAGUACAGCUUCACUGCAGGAAAUGAUGGAUUCUCCAGGUUUUCCCGAAUUGGAAGAACUUUCUGUGGCUGUUACCGAUGAAUCGCGUGUUAUUGGCGAUGAACAUAUUCAACGUAUUUUGAAAUCAUCUUCAAAAUUAAAACUAUUAGAUGUUCGUGGCUGCGCUCGUUUAACCCAUGAAAGUCUUAUACGUUUACCUGCUUGGGAUAUAAAACAUUUAUUUUUAUCUGGCUGCUCAGUUACCAGAGAUAUGGGAUCGGGUCUUGAAUUGAUUGCUUCAAAAUGGGCACAUAGUCUUAUUGAAUUGGAUCUUGCUUGGGCAAAUGUGCAACUUCCUUUGGAUAAUGCCCUACGUGCCUUGGCCGACAAGGGCGCUGAGUCACGUUUAGCCCAUCUUAAUUUAUGUGGUUCAUCAGUAUCCGAAGAUGCUGUUAAAGAGAUUUUAGCCAAUUGUCCUUUAAUGAGCACAUUAAAUUUGUCUUCUUGUCGUGGUUUACCACGUGGUGUUAAACGUCAAAUGCAAGGACCACAAGAACUCAAUGAAUUGAGAGAUGUUUUAAAAGUUCAAUUAAAAGUCAAAUUACCAGAAACUGUAACAUCAGCUCAAAAUGCAGCGUCGUCGUCGUCGUCUUCGACUGGAACCACAACAACGAGUGCAAAUACAAACGAUGGUGGUGGUGGUGGUGGUGGCGGUGGUGUUGGUAGUCUAUAGUGUUUAUCUUAAACA